AAAUUAUUUAAUUUCUUAUGAUAAAGACCACAAAUCCUUAUGUACUAUAAAAAUACUUAAUAUAAGGAAAAAAUUCCAGUUAAAGUGUUCAAUAACUAAAGAUAAGCUUCAUUGUGGAUAGCUGCAGAAAUAGCCUAAAUAAUAAAGUAGAAAUAAACUUAAGGUGCUCCUUGUGUUUUGGGUUUAGCUACUGGAUCGACUCCAAUUUAAGUGUAUAAAGAGUUAGUAAGAUUACAUAAAGAAGAAGGAUUAUCAUUUCAUAAUGUGAUAACAUUCAAUUUAGAUGAAUAUUUUCCAAUUCCAAAGGUAUUAUUUUUUAAGUCAUUUCUAGGAAUCUCUUCAUUCAUAUUGGCAUUUUAUGCAUGAGAAUCUUUUUAAUCACAUUGACAUUAAGAAGGAAAACAUUCAUAUCCCUGAUGGAACAUUAAUUAAAGAGUAGAUAGAAGACUUUUGCUCAUAUUAUGAAAAUUUGAUAAUAGAAAAUGGUGGAUUAGACUUUCAACUUUUAGGUAUUGGUAGCACUGGUAAAUAACUUUAUAAAGAAUUUAGGACAUAUUGGUUUUAAUGAGCCAGGAUCUUCAAUAAAUAGUAAGACAAGAUUAAUAACUUUGGAUAGAAAAACAAGAGCAGAUGCUUCGUCAUCAUUUUAUGGUAUUUAAAAUGUUCCAAAAUAUGCGAUAACAAUGGGGAUUGGAACAAUUUUAUAAGCUAAAAAGAUUAUAAUAGCAGCAUUUACUGAAGGAAAGUAAAGAAUAGCAUCAACAGUGAUUGAAGGUGGGAUUUCAUCUUAAUAUCCUGCAACAUUUUUAUAGAAUCAUAAGGAUACAUUGUUUGUUUUAGAGAGGGCAUCAGCUUAAGGAUUGACAAGAUAUUAAGCACCUUGGUUAUUAGAAGCAUAAGGAUUGAAAGGGGAAUUAUAGAUAAAAUAUGAUUUGAAUACAGCAAAGAAAGGAGUUAUAUGGUUAAGUUAGAAAGUAGGAAAGUCUAUAUUGAGAUUAUAAUAAGAAGAUUAUGAAGAUAAUGCAUUAUUAGAAUUAAUUACAUAGAUUGGAUAAGGAAAUUGUGGAAUAGUAAAUUUGACAGUGUUUAGAGAAUUAUCAUAAAUGUAUGAAAUAGUAUAUAUAAAUGGUUAGUAUAACAGGAUGGCCAGCAGGAGGAAGACCUGAUAAAUUACCAGAAUCAUAUUUUACAUAGAAAAAAGCAAUUAGUAAAUAAAAGAUAAUUAUAUUUUCACCACAUCCAGAUGAUGAUGUUAUAUGUAUGGGUGGGACUAUGAAGAAAUUAACUAAUUAAGGUCAUGAAGUUCAUGUGGUAUAUAUGGUGAGUGGUAAUUUGGCAGUUUUUGAUUUUGAUGCUUUAAGAUUUGCUGAUGUAUUGAAAGAAACAUAGAAUAUGAUAGGUGGAAAUGGAAAAGAGUUUUAUGAGAAAGUUAGAACAUAAAUUAAUGAAAAAAAACCUGGGGAUGUUGAUGGUCCAGAUUUAGCAUAUAUUAAAACAAUAAUAAGAAGAACUGAAGCAAGAAGUGCUGCUUUAUGUACAGGAGUAGAAGAAUAAAAUAUUCAUUUCUUAGAUUUACCAUUUUAUGAAACUGGUAAAUCAUAGAAAAAACCACUUUGUGAUGAAGAUAAGAAAAUUGUCAAUGAUAUUAUAUUGAAGAUUUAACCUGAUUAUAUUUAUGCAGCAGGAGACUUAACUGAUCCUCAUGGAACUCAUAGAGUAUGUUUGGAAUCUAUUUUGGCAGUCUUACCAUAAGUUAAAGAACAAUUACCAAAUUUAACUACAUAUUUGUAUAGAGGUGCUUGGUAAGAGUGGGAAUUAGAUAAAGUAACAAUGGCUGUUCCAUUAUCACCUGAUGAAUUAUAUGAAAAAAGAAUUGCAAUUUUUAAGCAUUAAAGUUAAAAAGAUAGACCUAUGUUCCCAGGUGCAGAUAGCAGAGAAUUUUGGUAACGAUCUGAAGCUAGAAAUAAAGAGACUGCAAGGUAUACUAAAUAAUAUAAUUAGAUUAUUCACAAAUUUAGGAUUUGUAAAUUAUGAAGCAUUAGAAUGUUUUGUGUAAUUGGAUGUGUUGCAGUAGUUAGGUGAAUUAUGAGUAUGGAAU